CACUGCGGUCUGUCUUUGAUCUGACCAAAUGGUUCUGAGUGAAAAGGGGGGUAAACUGCCCCCUUAGCCGCUCAGCUACCAUUGUGUACCCACACGAAGAAGACGAUGGUAGCAGUAUUGACGCGUCGGAAUGGGGUCGAGCUGGGUGACUUAAUUGUGCACCAUGAAUGACAGAUACCAUAAGGCGGCCCGGGAUGGCUACCUGGACCUACUUAAAGAGGCAACUCGGAAGGAUCUCAACGCGCCGGAUGAGGAUGGCAUGACACCGACGUUAUGGGCAGCUUAUCACGGCAACCUGGAAGCUCUGCGACUGAUUGUGUCGAGGGGGGGAAACCCAGACAAGUGUGACAUAUGGGGGAACACGCCGCUCCACUUGGCAGCUGCCAAUGGUCACCUCAACUGCCUUUUCUUCCUGGUGUCUUUUGGUGCCAACAUAUGGUGCUUGGACAAUGACUACCAUACACCUUUGGACAUGGCUGCCACGAAGAAUCACAUGGAUUGUGUACGCUACCUGGAUUCCAUCGCUGCCAAGCAGACAAGCCUUAAUCCCAAGCUGGUCAGCAAGCUGAAGGAUCGGGCGUUUCGUGAUGCUGAACGGCGAAUCAAAGAAUGCAUGAAGAUGCAGAAGAAGCACCACAAACGUAUGGAGAGAAAGUUUUACAAGGAAGUUUCUGAGACAUCUGCAUCAGAUGUCAUGAGUUUCUCCAGCUACACGAGCAGCUCUCUUAGCCACAAGCUGCUCAACUUAAACACAGCCACUGUCAGUGUGCCAUAUUCCCAGGCAACUCUCCAUGCCACAAGCCGAGGGAAGACAAAGAUCCAGAAGAAGCUGGAGAAGAAAAAACAAGGAGAUGGCACCUUUAAAAUCUACGAAGAUGGUAGGAAAAGUGUGCGCUCCCUCUCUGGACUUCAAUUGGGUAACGAUGUCAUGUUUGUCAAACAAGGGACUUAUGUCAACCCAAAGGAUCGUGUCCGGCGCAAUGUUCGCGACAUGUUUCCCAGAGACAAUGACGAUGCCAUUUCACGUGCCAUGAGUGAGCCAGACCUCCAUGGACCAGAUGUGGACUAUUCUGAGAUCAGCACUGAUUCUGGACACGAUUCCCUGUUCAACCGACCCGGUCUUGGCACCAUGGUGUUUAGGAGGAACUAUGUGAGUGGAGGAAUGUUUGACCUUGGAAGUCACAAUGCAGCCAGUGUGGCCCGUUCAGGCAAUAAUGUGCGUUUACGCAGUCGGUUGCAGCAAUACCCAAGUCUAGAUGAAGACAGCAUUGGCAGUGCACGCAGCCUACAGGAGAGAAAUGUUGAAGAACUGCCUUGGGAAGAAGUUGAACUAGGGCUGGAUGAUGAUGAUGAACCUGAUACAAGCCCUUUGGAGGUCUUCCUCGCCACCCAGAGCAUGAACGACUUUUUCUCCAUCUUCAAAAGGGAGAAGAUUGACCUUGCAGCGCUGUUACUGUGCUCCGAUCAUGACCUUAAGAGCAUCCAUAUACCCUUAGGACCAAGGAAAAAGAUCUUAGAUGCCUGUAAGAGACGGCGAGAGACUUUAGUUGAGCCUGACUACAUCGAGGACACAGAAUUAUAACGAAAGAUGUGGUCACCCAUCCUGCUGUGUGCUCAUCCGGCCUUAAAGGUUAGUGGAGCAUUGCAAAGUAAAUGUCACAUAUGGGCUGGAUGUUAAACCCAAAAGGACGCUGUCAUGAUGAAUAUAUCAAGCAUGAGAUUAGUCCUUAACAGGAUUCCUUUACUGUGUCUUUUUAGCUCAGGAUGAUCACUGAAAAUAUCUCUGUUUGGUUUAUUGGAGUUUCCCGUGCUGCAUGGUUUCACAAACUGAAAGACCCUUAUCUGAGUGUAGCACUGUGCACAUUGUAUGCCGUUUGGCACAGUUAACAGAGAGAUGAUUGUGGGGUCUGUGUCCCCUGAACCUUUUAACCCCCUCGGGGUGAACCUGGACCUCAUGUGCCUGCAUUGCUUGUGCCUGUGCAUUUGCUGAAAAGCGUAUGUUGUUAGAAAUACACUAGUGUGAUUUCAGCUGUAACAGCAUUUUUAAUAACUAUUUGUAACUGAAGUAACAUUUACUUGUAUUCGUAUAUUUUGUCUCUGUAUAUGUUUACAUACAGACAGCCACGUCAGGUCUAGAGUAGCCCACUGGUAGUGAAGGCCAAUCCUUUGUUGUUAUUACACUUGUGAUGUAAAAUCAAAUACCACAGUAUUUUUUUAAUAAGUGCAUACUACACUGUAACAUAUCACUGUAGAAUUAGACUAA